UAGCUGCUAGUUUGAUGCUGGGGAAGAAUGAGCAGUCAGGAACUGGUCACUCUGAACGUGGGAGGGAAAAUAUUCACUACAAGGCUUUCUACCCUAAAACAGUUUCCUGCUUCUCGAUUGGCACAGAUGUUAGAUGGCACAGACCAAGAAUUCAAGAUGGUUGGUGGCCAGAUUUUUGUGGAUAGAGAUGGGGUUUUAUUUAGCUUCAUCUUGGAUUUUUUGAGGACUCACCAGCUUCUGUUACCCACUGACUUUUCAGACUACUUCAGGCUUCGGAGAGAGGCCCUUUUCUAUGAACUCGAUUCUCUGGUUGAUCUCUUAAACCAACAACAUCUGCUACAGACAAGACCUGCUGUCCUGGAGGUACAUUUCCUAAGCCAAAACACUCGAGCAUUUUUCAGGGUGUUUGGCUCUUGCAGCAAAACCAUUGAAAUGCUCUCUGGGAGGAUUACGGUGUACGUAGAGCAGCCUUUGGCACUUCCCUCGGAAGCCUACGCUCCUCCCGCUGCCUCCGCAGAGAACUUCUUACCAUGACUUGGUUUUCCAGUGCGGCUCCGACAGCACUACUGAGAACCAAACUACAGUCAGGUAUUU